ACGGAGCUAUCAAUGAGAUCACCACCCCAAUACCCACUCUUAAUUGACUUCCCAAGUUCUCAAAUAACUCCCCAUUCUCUCUCUCUCUCUCCCUCUCUCUCUCUCUCUCUCUCUCUCUGUGUGUAAAUAGUUGAAUUUAAUUAAAUCCACCUUUCAUUCUUUGAAGAAACUCACGUGAUUUCGAUGCUUUAACCUUUCAUCAAUCAAUCCAAAAACUCUCCCAAGUAUAUAUACUCUUUCACCAAACUAUUUUGUUUUUGUUUUUGUUGUUUUUUGAUGUGUUACGAUUGGUUUUGCUUUGUGGGUCUCUGAUAAUAUGAGUCAACUCGGUGAAAUUUUGUCUUUCAAUUUGCAGGGAAGGGUAGAGAGAGAAGAAAGAGGAGCAAGAACCCUUCUUGAAUUUUUGGGAGACAGAAUGGACGGCCUUGAUCAUACAGUUCAGAGACGGAAGAGUCUAAAAGAACGGCUGGGAUUCAAGGGUAUGGGCUGCUGUGGGGCCACCUGGGUCUUCAGAUCAUCGAUCUUAACCGUUGAAAACGACGAGGAGGAGGAGGAGGUGGACACACAACAAGAGCACCAAUUAGAGGUGAUCGAUGUGGGUCAGACUUCGCCGGUGCACACGUCAGAUCAGGACUGUGUGGGUCAGACUCCGGCGUCGGCGGGGAUGAACUUGGCGGCGGCGUUGGCAGCCGAACGCGACUACAGGGCGGCCCAAGAAUCGGACGGUGGUGAUGGAAGUCCUGUGGGGCCCACAGGAGAAGUAACUGAAGGAACACCGUUGAGAGUCUCGUUGAUGAGAUUGUUGGAAGAAACGGACGGUUGCGAUGGAGAGAGAGAAACAAGAGAAGAGAGAGGAUUGGUGGGGUGUGAUUCCAUGUGUUGUGUGUGCAUGGAAAGGAAAAAGGGUGCAGCGUUCAUACCGUGUGGACACGCUUUUUGCAGGGUGUGUUCGAGAGAGCUGUGGGUGAAUCGAGGGUCUUGUCCGCUCUGCAACCGUUCGAUCAUCGAGAUUCUCGAUAUAUUCUAGUAAAUGAUGAUGAGAGCUUCUCGGGAUGUACGGCUGUGAUUUUGCGUUCAUUGCACGGUGAAGUUGGUUAUUAAUCAUGUAAUAAUAAUACUAUAUAUGUAUUUUUCGUCUUUUUAUAUUA